AUGGCCAGCUCAGCUUCCUUGGAGACCAUGGUGGCCCAGCCCUGCCCUCGCGCCGGAGCAUCACCGGCCACUUCCAAGACGCUGGCCUUCUCCAUCGAGCGCAUCAUGGCCAAGACGUCGGAGCCCCGCGCGCCCUUUGAGCCCCGGCCUGGGGCGCUAGAGGCGGAUGGCACCCAGAGUAAGAAACUGCUCAACCUCUGCUCGCCGCUGCCCUGUAUGAUCCCCCUCCAGCCCCUAGGCUACGAGGUGCCGUCCAAGACACUGCUGAGUUACUCGGAGCUCUGGAAAAGCAGCCUCCGAGCGGGUGGUGGUGGUGGCGGUGGUGGAGGAGGAGGAGGCGGCGGCGGCGGCGGCGGAGGGGGGGCCCCCGUGUGCGGAGCCAGCGGCUUGUGCAAAACCAACUGUGGCGUGUGCUGCAAGGCCGAGCUGGGCCUUGCGCCGUCUGCGCUGCCCGCCGGCCGGGUCAUCAAGCCGCAGGUCAUCAACCAGGCCGUGGGGCUGCCGGCCAGCGGCUCGCUCUACUACUUCAACUACCUGGACUCCACCGCUUAUCCACCUUCAGAGCUCCUUGGUGGCCACCUUUUCCCGUCCGGCCUCCUCAACGCCCAGGCCCCCGCAGCUCUGGCUGCGCACCCCAAGCUCUUUCUGCUGGAGAACGCCAAACUGGCUGGCCUGGCUGCGGACAAGUUUCCCCACCCGGCUCCCUAUCCCCACAAGGAGCGCUGCUUGCCCGCGCCCCUGGAGCAGGUGCUGAAGGAGAACUCGGCCUUGACCGCAGAGCGCGGGGGCAUCAAGGGUCACAGCAAGCUCCCGGGGGGAUCUGCGGACGGCAAGCCCAAAAACUUCACCUGCGAAGUGUGCGGCAAGGUGUUUAAUGCUCAUUAUAACCUCACCCGCCAUAUGCCGGUCCACACCGGAGCCAGACCGUUCGUGUGCAAAGUCUGUGGCAAAGGCUUUCGCCAGGCCAGCACGCUCUGCAGACACAAAAUUAUUCACACCCAGGAAAAGCCUCAUAAAUGCAACCAGUGCGGCAAAGCGUUCAACCGCAGCUCCACGCUCAACACGCACAUCCGUAUCCACGCGGGCUACAAGCCCUUCGUCUGCGAAUUUUGUGGCAAAGGCUUUCACCAAAAAGGGAACUACAAGAACCACAAGCUGACCCACAGCGGCGAGAAGCAGUACAAAUGUACUAUCUGCAACAAGGCCUUCCACCAGGUCUACAAUCUUACCUUCCACAUGCACACGCACAAUGACAAGAAGCCUUUUACGUGUGCCACUUGCGGCAAAGGGUUUUGCAGAAACUUUGACUUAAAGAAACACGUGCGCAAACUCCAUGACAGCGUGGGACCCGCCACCCCUUCCGCAAAGGAACUGACUAGGACGGUGCAGAGCUGAGAGCUUCCGCCUGGCCCUCCCUUCCUGCCCUGUACCAACCCAACACAGAUCACACGUAUAAACUUAUUUCUAAAGUUAAAAGGAAAAAAAAAGAACUAUAGCAGAGAGGCUUUAAAAAAUCUAUUUAUCGAAACCAGCAUAUUUUUUGGAAAGUUAAACGUUUCCUGGAUGACUGGCAACAAAUUCAUGGCUCCCACCUUUGUAUAUUCAGGAAACUUAUUUAAAAUCCAGUGCACCGAAACAUAUUUAAUCCCAGGCCUCGGCUUCUCCUCCGGCAGCCGGUGUUUAA